AUGAAUUUAAUAUUAAUUAGUUCAAAAUGUAUUUAUGAAGUUAAUAAUGAAUUUUUUUUCAAAACAGAUAAUAGGCAAACAAAUCAUUUAAAAAAUAUACUAAAAGUACAGUUAAAUCAACAAAUUAAAGUUGGAGUAAUUAAUAAAGGAAAGGGAGAAGGAACCAUAAUAGAGGAAAAUAAGAAUUAUUACAUUAUAAAGUUGUUAUCACCUAUUCAUUUAGAAAAAUCAGAAUCUAGAUUUCUUCCAAUAGAUGUCGUUUUGUGUAUACCAAGACCCAAAGUUUUAAGUAAGUUACUACAACAAUUGUCUUCUGUUGGAGUUAAAAAAAUAAUUAUCGUAUUUUCAGAGUAUUCAAAUAAAUCAUAUGAGUCAAGUAAAAUUUUUAGAAAUGAAGAAAUAAAACAUGCACUUCAAUUAGGAUUAGAACAAGCUAUGUGUACACAAUUUCCAAAAAUUUAUAUACAUUACUCAUUUAGCUCCUUUUUUAUGAAUAUUGAAAAAUAUGCUGAUGAUAAUACAAUAAAAUUGUGCGCACAUACAGAUGCUAAAGAAAAUACUGCUUCAAACGAAUUAUCUAUUUUAAAUAAAGAAGAAGGAAAAAUUCUUUUAAUGCUUGGUUGUGAAAGAGGUUUCUCAGACCUUGAAAUUUAUUUGUUAAAAAAAUUAGGAUUUAGUUUUUUUUAUUUAACAGAAAGAAUUUUAAAAUGUGAAACAGCCUUUUUAAUAAUUAUCGGUCAGCUACUUUUAUUAACUGAAAAUACGUGUUUACGACCUAGUGGUAAAAAAAUGAGAAGAUGUUCAAAAAAUAGAAAUGAUUCUAUAGAAAAAAAUAUAAUUAAAAAUAAAAUUAAAGAGGAAAUUACAGAAAAUAGUUACUACUUUCAAAAUAAGACAGAAAUCAUUAAUGAAAUAAAAAAUAUAUUAAAGAAUGAAACUUAUUCUUCUGAACAGCUAACAAUCUAUGUAAAUAAUUUUAUAAAGGAAUGUGAUAAUAUGGAAGAAGCUGAAAACAUUACUAAUAAUAAUGAAGAUAAUAUACUAAAGCAGAAGACAAAUAUUAUUAGUGAUCUUUUAAAAAAUGUACACUCUUUUAAUACAAAUGACGGAAAUAAUUUUCAAAAUAUAUAUUUAAGUUUGCUACUGAAGAAAAUAAAAUAUAAAAAUCGUUUUUGUUUAUCAUACAAUGAUUUAAAAAAUAAUGAUGAUGAUGAUGUAUUUAUAUAUAAAACACAAAGAUACAUAACAAAAAAAAAAUUUGUUAAAUGA